AGUUCUUCACUUUAUCGUCUGUGUAUCUAUCAAAAGGAACAAAGCCAAAGAUGCUUCCUGGAGACAACAACCUCGCGGAGCCGCUGGAGCUUCCCGAGGUGGUCCAGCAGCGGUUGCUCGAGGAGAUCAUGCUUGCCGAGCAACAGGAAAUAUUAAACGCCGAGGAGCAAGAACUUCCACCCGCAAUUGCAGCAGCAGUGGGCGGCCAGCAAAACAACCAAGCGCCCCCCCGUCCCCAACGCAGAGGUCCUGGGGGCUUGAUCGUGCGUGGCGGGCCGCGAACGCGACGAAGUCGAGGGAGGCGGCGAGGCCGGAGAUCCACCGACGAUGCGCCCGCCAGUCUGUUCAUCAUCGCCAUGAUGGCGGUUUUCGGGGCGUUUCUGACCUACUACGCCUACUGGUAUCUGGAGCAGGCGCUGAAGCACGAGCGCGAAACGGCAAUCGAAAAGUACAACCGGGUCGCUCGGAAGUGGUCGCUCGCGGGCCGAGAGGAGUUCUCGGAAGAAAAUUUCGAAAUCGCGCUGGCCCCAAGCGAGUGGAAAGAGAUGGAGGAUUUGAAGAACGAGAAGAAGCCGCAAGUUCUUUCGUACGCGCGGAUGCACAAGUCCGUGCACUUGACCGAUGUGGAGGACCUGUUUGCGCACGACACGACGCACGGUGGGGGAGAGAUCGAGGUCUACAAGCCACUAGUAUUCACGAAGAAGAUCGAAGUCGUCAAAGGGAAGAACGGAAAAGAUGAUAGGGAAGCACAAGCAGUAGAUAAGUCGGCGGCCGGACUCGGAACAAAACAGCAACCCGGCGAGGACGAGAAGAUAGAUCCGCUUGACAAAGAGAAGCUUGAAGCAGAGAUUGAAAAUAACGCUGCUGAGGUGAAAGAGGCGCCUUUAUCCGCACCAGAAGUGAAAAAAUACAACCACUUCGAGGACGAUUUUUUGAACUUGUACGUGAAAGGCAGCACUUUCCCGCCGGUGAGAAUAUCGCCACAGAUCCCCCUGGAAAUCAAGCACGUGCGGCCGUUCUCAGAGCCAGGAGGGUACAGCCAAAUCUACACACAGCACCACAGCCCGUCUUCAGCCAGCUCCGAAAGUGAAGAAGAGAGGAGGAAGCAAAUGAAAGCGCGGCGACCCAGCUUCCACCCGAUACCCGGGGCGGCGAGCUGUGAGAGCGAGGCGGCGAGUGGGGUGUUUCAAACAAAUUUAUCUACCGGUGCAGCUGCAACAACUUCUACCGCCUCCGGCACGGCAGCUGCAGCUGCAGCUCCAGCGCGCAGCUACAAUCCGGUAAUCCACGCCAUGCAGCUGCGAAACAACCCAGCGCUGUCGCCAAACUGCUUGCAGACGUGGCGACUAGCGUCGGUGUGCCUGCUGUACAACCCGCAGACGCACAGUGUCGGGUUUGAUACCAGUGUCGAGGGGAAGAAAACCGACCCGGGCGUGCUUUGCGGUGAGCCAAUGUAUGCGCCGGUCGUGUUCAUACCGCCCAGCUUGGCGGCAAGUAAGGCCGCAGCAGCAACGACACCGGGAGGCGGGGUAAAUAAGCCUGCAGCUGCAACAACAGGGGCGAAGGACAGCGCUAGUAGGAGCAUGGAAGAUUUGACAAGCAAGUCUUCGUUCCCCGACCUAGUAGCAGAAACAGAACCUGGUCCUCCUGCUCUUACGCCGCCUCCCAGACAACCUCCACCUCUCUCCACGUUCGACGGCAGUGUCUACCUUCCCACCGCGAGCACACGGGAGGCGGUGGUCAGUGGGCAUUUGGACCCGAGCGCGCUAUUGCUGAAACAGCCGCACCGAGACGACGGCACCGCGAGCAACGCUUUGAAUCUCGCGGACCAGCAGCAGAGAGCGGAGGAACUGCUUCGCGAGGAGCAGAAAGAGGUACUGAUGAACAAUAUGCUGGACCAGACAAGAAUAAGACGUACACUACAGGAGGUGAUGGGAAACAGAGUUGCACCAGCAGGAGCUCCUCUAUCAAGGGUGACUUCCGCAGAUGAUCGCCCAGUUUCUGGAGCACCUGCACCUCCGACAAUUUCAAUAGAAAAUAACGGCGUCCUCCGCCCGGUCCAGAUGCACGGGAGCGGCGGAAGCAAGCACGAAGUUCCAACGAUAAAUGUGAUUUCAACUCCGUCUACAUCGGCAGCAGGAGCUGCGAGAAGUACAACCUACGGCGAAGUUUUUGAAUCUAUCACCGUGCAGAUCCGUUCGACAGAAGACCCCUUUCUGUAUCUUCGCGACGCCACGGCGGACAGCAUGGACUUCGGGUUGGAGGCCCGGACCGGGUUCAUCAUCGGCACGGUGCUGAUGCUCACUGCCGGCUGCGUGUGCGCGUUGCCCAUCGUGAAGCUGUUUCAAAUCUUGAACUACUGGGCGUCGGGGUUCUUCCGGUGUUUCGCCGACUGUUGGAGAUGCUUGCUGUUGUUGAUCGGCGUCAGAAGAGCGCGGGUCGGGCCGGGAAUGCUGCGCGCGAACCAGGAAGAGGAGCAGCAGGAGUUCAUCUCGAUCGAGGAUUUAAGGAUUUCAGAAGACGAGGGGUCUGCGACGGGAGGGGAAGGGGAGGAUGUGGAGUUGGAAGCAAUAGAAGGAGGUGGAGGAGGUGGGGAGGAGUGAGCUGCUAUAAUCCGGCGCCUAAGCCAUUGUCUGUGAUUGAUCUUGUCUGUCUCACUUUUUUCUGAGAAUACAAUGGAUGCUACUUAGUCAGUCCAGCGGAGGCGCCACGAGAAACGUGCGUCUUACAGGUUUGCAUACUGAAAACAGAUGAUGAUUUGCGUGCCUCUACUUGCAGAUCAUUGGAGUGUGCUCGUGUGAAACUAUGUUCCCUGAUGUCACCAUGUGCAAAUUGAGAAGUCCC